CUUCUAAAUUUCAUCGUUUCUUUUUUCGAUUAUAAUUUUUUUUUCAUAUUGGUUGCCAGCAAUCUUAAAGAUGGAAAAAUUGUGCCACGUUUAAAUGAUGCCGUAAGAACGAUGAGCGAUGUGGUUCGACACGGACGUCAGUUAUCGAAAGAUGGUUUGAUGUGUGGUUAUCGCAGGGCUAAACCUGAUGGAACAGCACCGUACGUCUGGCUCACCUAUGAUGAGGUUUUUCAGAUUUACAAACUUGGUAUAAUGUCUGGUCAAAAAACAUUCAUUGGCAUUUUAGCAAAAAAUCGGCCUGAGUGGAUUAUAUGGGAGCAGGCAACAUAUAAUAAUAAUAACAUUAUUGUACCGCUAUAUGAAACUCUUGGAAGGGAUGCUUGUAUAUACAUUAUCAAUGAGACUGAGUUGGAAGUAGUUAUUUUGGAUAACGAGACUAAAUUUCCAACUGAGGACGAUAUUGCCACUAUUGCCUACACUUCCGGUACUACAGGGAGUCCAAAAGGAGUAGUACUGAGUCAUGGGAACAUUAUUCAAACAUCUGAAAUUAUCGAUCGAUUACAGGAUGUUUUGAUAAGCUUUUUGCCUCUAGCUCAUAUGUUCGAACGUCUUGUAGAAACAUUAUUUUUUAUGUUUGGGCUCAAAGUUGGAUAUUACAGUGGUGAUGUGAAAAAUCUUAUAGAAGAUAUCAAGGAAUUGAAACCGACUGUCGUACCACUUGUACCUCGAGUUCUGAAUCGAAUUUAUAAAAUGUGGCUUGUGGUAAAGAGACUAGGUGUGAUGAGAGCAACUCUCCUCGAUGAAAUCGUAUUCAAAAAAAUUCGACAGGGAUUGGGCGGGAGAAUCAGACUUAUGGUUACUGGAUCUGCUCCAGUUGCUCCUGAAGUUUUAGAAUUUUCACGAGCUGUAAUUGGGUGUCUUGUUUUGGAAGGAUAUGGUCAAACAGAAUGUGUUGCGGAAUGCACUCUAUGUAUUGAAGCAGAUUGUAGCACUGGUAAUGUAGGUAUACCAGUGCCUUGUAACAUGAUUAAAUUGGUAGAUGUGCCUGAGCUGGGCUAUUUUACAGGCGAAAUUUGCGUCAAAGGUUUUAAUGUAUUCAAAGGCUACUACAAGAAUAAGCAAUUGACUAAAGAAACAAUUGAUGAAGAUGGUUGGCUUCAUACAGGCGAUAUUGGGAAGUGGACAACUCAAGGAACCUUGCGCAUAAUCGAUCGCAAGAAGCAUAUAUUUAAAUUGUCACAGGGUGAGUACAUCGCUCCAGAAAAAAUUGAAGCGAUAUAUGUUCGAGCAAAAUAUGUCGCUCAAAUUUUCGUUUAUGGUGAGAGUUUGAAGACUUGCAUUAUUGCAAUUGUUGUUCCCGAGCUUAUGGAAUUGGCUGCUGAGUUAAAUAUUAAGGAGACAUCAUUUGAAAAGUUAUGUAAAAAGAGUGAUAUUAAAGCUGCAAUAUUGAAUGAGAUGACUAAUAUGGGCAAACUGGUGAAGGACAUCUACCUAUCUUCAACCCUAUUUUCGAUUGAAAACGAUCAGCUUACUCCAACUUUAAAGAAUAAACGCAACAAAUUAAAACAGCAUUUUUCAUCGGAGCUUGCAAAAAUGUAUGCAGCAUUGGAUUGA